AUGGGGAAGCUGCAUUUUUACGUCCUGUGGUCGCUGCGUGACGCUCCGCGACAGUUCAUCAGUAAAUCCAACCACAGAUGCUUUCAAGUCCACAUCCCGCUGCCUCUUCCCAAACUGCUGGUCAUCUUCGGUCUCGGAGAAUGGCCGUGCCAGGAGACCACGAUCUCAGCCGAGGUUGUGGUGAGUAAGGAAGUAGAGGGCCAGAAAAUAGGAACUCUUUCCUCUCAAGUAAAGUGCCUGAUCUGGGAGGGUGACUGGAAUCAGGACAUCCUCCAAGUGGCUGCAGAGAGAGGGAGGAGAGGCGUGUAUGGCAAGAUUGUCCUAAAGGUCUGCGGGGAGCCACAGGAUAACGCCGACGUCCUCAGCAGCAGCCCAGUGGUCCAGAGGAUACGUCUGUUUCCAGAACAACACAGCCUGCCGGAUCUCUCUGGCAUGUCACAUCAAAGCCCUGAAAAUGAAACGAUAAUUUCCAGCUCAUCACACCUGGGAGAAAGUGUGUCUUUUGCAGAGAUCCAGGUCAAUAAAAUUGACACCAGUGACUCUUCCCACCCUGCAGUCUGGCCCACGGAUAAGACACCCAGGCGUACAGUCAUUGGUAGGAGAGGCUGCCUGCCGUGGAGCUCUGAGGAGGUGGACGGUGUGACCGAGGACACGAAUAAGGCCUCGACACCCAUGAAAAGGAGGCUUUCCAGGAUGAGCAGCCAAGAGGAAAUGACCGUGCAGAUUAAACACGAGCACAGAGAAGUCCGUCCAUCAAGCCGCUGGAGUCACACUAUGUGUCUGAGUGACCCUGAUACUGCCAUCCUCAUCGGAGGGGAAACUACAGAUCAAAACUACUGCAAGGAUUCCCUGUGGAAACUCGAGUUGGAUGGUGACUUCUGGUUCCCAGUGAACUCCUCCACUGUCGGACCUGUACCGCCAUGUGCCCGAGGACACAGUGCAACCUACGACCCGGACUCUAAGGCAGUGUUCGUGUACGGCGGCCUGAGGGAGGGUCAGCGCUACAACGAGGUCUACAUCCUUAAUACCCUGACCUGGAAGUGGAGGGUUGUCACUGCAAAAGGAAAUGUGCCAAAUCUGGCACAUCACUCUGCAGUGUUUUACAAGAAAGAGCUCUUUGUUUUUGGAGGCGUUCAGCCAAGUGCUUCCUCAAAGGAUAAAUCCUGCAGUAAUGCUUUAUACAUCUUCAGCCCAGAGUAUGGACUCUGGUACCAGCCCAUUGUGGAGGGGAACAAGCCUCUCCCUCGCUUUGGGCACUCAGCCACACUUCUUUCUCAGAAGUUGGUUAUAUUCGGUGGCAGGAGCACCGCUACUUACCUUAAUGAUCUCCAUGUUUUGGAUCUGGGCUUCAUGGAGUACACAGCUGUGAAGUGUGCAAACAUGCCACCACUGCCUCGAGGGUUUCAUGCAGCACUGCCUGUUAACGACAACAGGAUUUUGGUCAGUGGAGGCUGCAGUGCAAUUGGAGCUCUGCAGGAUGUGCACGUCUUCAACACAGAUACCAGGAUGUGGAGUUCAGUGGCCUCGCCACUGCUUUGCUCUAAGCCUCGCGCGGGACAUAGCAUGAUAAAUCUUCGCAGCGUCAUUCUGGCAGAUGCUGAGAAGCGGGGACAAGUUGAAAACCCCAAAAUCCAGUGUACCUUGCUGGUGUUCGGUGGGUCAGACUGCUGCGGUUCCUACUACAAUGACACACUUAAGUGCACUGUGGAGAUUUAGUUGUGACAAGUCAUUGUAUUUAAAUUGCAGUGUAUGCUGUGAACUGAUGUUAUGGAAAGUGCAAGUCUUACGUAAUCAUCCACACUGUCACCAUACAGGCAAUUUGCUGCAAGCAAACAUGACGUUUUGCACUUUGCAUAACAAAUCACUGGUCUGCAUGUUUUACACAUGACGUCCUUUAUAUGUUAUCUGUGCCAGAGUUAUU